AUGGGCGUCAUCCGUGGAAAAUAUCUGCAUUGGGCUGUCACAGCCGCCAGCUGCCAGGCUUUCCUUCUCCUGGGAUAUGACCAGGGUGUGAUGAGUGGACUCGUCGGAGCGGAUAAUGAGUUUGGAAAGCAAUUCGGCCAUCCGGAUGCGACAAUGCAGGGUAUCCUGACCUCGAUUUACGACAUUGGCUGCGCUGUCGGGUGUCUGAUUGCCUUUGUUUUUGGUCAUCGUCUCGGGCGCAAAAACAUGAUCAUUGCUGGUGGCUCCAUUAUGGUAAUCGGAACGGUAAUUCUCGGUUCAUCGUAUUCUACUGCUCAGUUCCUCGUUGGUAGAGUCGUCACUGGGCUCGGGAAUGGUAUCAAUAGCAGCACGGUGCCAACAUACCAGAGUGAAAUGGCACGUCCAGAGUUGCGUGGUAGGCUUCUAUCUGCGCAAGGAACAGUCACCAUUGUCGGACUUUGUAUCGCCUAUUGGCUGGAUUACGGCCUCAGCUUUGUCGAGUCUCCUGUUCAGUGGCGAUUCCCAAUCAGCUUUCAGGCAUUCUUCGCAGUUUGCCUAGUUCUGCAAAUGAUUCCUCUCCCCGAUACCCCUCGCUGGCUAUGCGAACAAGAUCGCAGUGAAGAGGCGGCGUCUGUUCUGGCUCGUCUUCAGAUGGAGCAACCUGCGAACGAAUCCACUCCGGAGGUUAUUCUCCUCCGGCGCCAGAUUGAAACAUCUCUUGAGAUCGAAUCCGCCGGUGGUCCCUUCAAAUAUAGAGAGCUUCUAUCCGGAGGCAAGAUGCAAAAUCUUCGUCGCAUGAUUCUUGCUGCCUUGGUUAACGUGCAGCAACAGUUCACUGGCUCCAACAUGAUCAAUUACUACGCACCUAUCGUCUAUCAAAAUGCAAUGCACCUCUCUCGCAACUUAUCGUUGAUCCUUGGAGGAUGUACCUCCCUUGCCUACUUGGCUGGCUCGUUUAUUCCCCUGUGGAGUAUGGAUCGCUUCGGUCGCAGAACAUCACUCAUGGUUUCCGCUGCUGGACUCUGCACUUGCUUUGUCCUCACGGCCAUCCUAUUAUCGAUCGGAACGACAUCAUGCGCAUAUGCUGCGACUGUUUUUGUUUUUAUUUUUCAAUUAUUCCUUGGCAUCGGCUACUUGCCCGUACCCUGGUUCUAUCCUAGCGAGAUCACAACCACUCGUAUUCGUGCGCGAGGUCAGGCAUUCGCAGGGUUCGUUAAUUGGAUGUGUGUCUUCAUUGUGGUUCAAGUCACGCCUACGGCAAUCGAAAAUAUCUCGUGGCGGACAUUCAUUAUUUUUGCUUGCUUCUGUGCUGCAUGGAUCCCAAUGGUAUACUUUUUCUUCCCUGAAACAAAAGGACUGGCACUCGAAGAUGUCGACCACCUCUUCGAAAAGGGUGGAAUCACCGGAGGCGUUUUCGAAUCUCGUGGCUACCCCGUUCUGCCUGGUCAUCACCGCACAGUUAAUACCGAGAGUUUGGAGAAGCCCAUCCAGCAUGGGGAAGUUGGAAUGCACGUUGAAACAGUUUAA